AUGGAUUCCGCCGUGCUCCCACCGCUCGUCACGUAUCGCGCUGUCUCGCAGGCCGACAGGGUCGCUGCGCUCCGUCUCAUUGCUGACAGUGUGGCCCAGCAGCGCCAAAUCGCUGCCAAAUCGUUGAUUACGCACCCGGUGAGCGUUGCCGCGGUGAUACUUUUAAUCUCUCUUGUUGGACAGUACACGUACCAAGGGGGCUCACUGGGAGAUCUUGCUUUCUUUGGCACCACGGGGGCAGGAUGCUUGAUGAUCUUCCUGGUCUUCGUGCAGUGGAUGACGAGUGGCUAUUUGGAAGAAGCUGCACGAGUUGGCACCUGGAAAUGGCUGGAAACUGAGACUGAAGACUCUUCUCAAUCAAUCACCCGAGGGCAUGAAGAUGUCUUCCUCGUCACCAAAUAUGGCGACGACAUAAUUGGCACAAUCUUACUUCGAUUCCCCUUGCCGAUACGCCCUUCCUCUGAAGACAAAGCUGUUCUGAUCCGCGCUUGGACCGUGGGCCGGCGAUAUCGCCAAAAGGGCGUUGGGACCAAUCUUCUGGAAGAAGCGCUUCUUGCCAAAACCGCUAGAGGUGCUGAUAUUCUAUUCGACAAUUUUCAUGCAAACUCGCUACGCUUGUUACCGAACCUAUUUAACCGGCCCUUUGAGAAAAGGGAAAAGUGGGCCAGGGCAAGGUUGGAGUUUCUCAAGCGCCAGAGGCUGAAGAAACAAGGAACAGUUUCAUAG